AUGAGGUGGGAGCGGUCUGUGCCGCUCCUGGGACUGCUGCUGUGCGUGGCUGGCACCACAGCUCAGCAGGAUGAUACUGAAGCACAGGAGGAAUUCCAGGUGGAGAUUUCCGGAACCACGGUGACACUCACAUGUCCCUUGGAUGAAGAGAGCAUAGUCUGGAGCUUAACUGAGCCAAAACCAGCCAGCAAUGAGAGGAAGUACGUUAUAGAGAAUCACGACAGCUCUCCCAUCACCGUGAGUUGUUCGGCAGGCAAUAAGAAGUAUGAAAUGUACCUGAAUGCCAGAGUGUGCGCCAACUGCGAGGAGCUGGAUGCCUUGGCAGUGACGGGGAUCAUCACUGCGGACCUCCUCAUCACCUUCGGGGUGCUGAUUCUGGUCUAUUACUUCAGCAAAGACAGGAAGGGGAGAGCAGGCGCUACUGCUGGCGGCCGGCCGCGAGGUCAGAAGACGCAGCGUCCUCCCCCCGUUCCAAACCCGGACUAUGAGCCCAUCCGGAAAGGCCAGCGGGAGGUGUACGCCGGCCUGGAAUCCAGGGGCUUCUGA